CAUUCCUCGCUCAAUCCCUUCAAACCCUUGCCUUCAUUUGGGUUCCAACAUUUAAAGAGUUUCUCUUUUCUUCCUUUUUUGGUUGAUUAAAGCCGGAAAUUGGAGGUCGGGUGGAGUUUUGUUGGAUUCCGGCGGCCGCGUAGCUAUCACGUACCUUUUCAAUUUCAUGAUUUCAACACCAUCUGAUAACGAUAAAUUCCACCAGAGAAACGCCGGUAUUAAGCCUUGCCGGUGUAAUUUAUGGCAUCCGCCGUCUUAGCUAGCCGGAAUGAAUCUAGCUGGGCUCAGUCUGGUGGUGCCGGUGGUGGAUUCAUGGGGAAAACCCCUUAUUCUCAUACACAACUGAACCCUAAUCACAACCCUAACCCUAAGAAGAAGCAGAAGCAAUUCCAUCACACGUCUAAUGGUCGGCAUAUUGAUGAAUCGCCGGCCGUGACGCAAACAGCGUCUGAUGAUGCCUAUUCGUUCAAUCAACGGCCGAUUGAAUCAACGACCAACGUUGACGGCCUUAAUUUCGGAGGAUAUUUGACUUUUAACGUCGUCUCUUACAACAAAGGCGAGGUCAAUGAACUACGGAGUCGGCUGUUGGCGGAGGUCGAACAGAUCCGAAACCUCAAGGAUCGAAUCGAAUCCGGUCAAUUGAGCACCACCAACCCCAGAUCACAAGGCAAAUCGAAGAAACUAUCUGGAAAUAAACGGCCUACCCCUUCCGGAUCCAGUAAAGAUCCGAAAAAGCUCCCAAACGGAGUUGAAAAUAGGAAUUUUGGUAAUACUAUUGGUGGUGGUGGUGUUAAGGCCAUCGGAACGGAAAGUAUGAUGAAGGAAUGUAGGCAGAUUUUGGCAAAGCUGAUGAAGCAUAAAAAUGGGUGGAUUUUCAAUAUCCCUGUUGAUGCUGAAGCCCUGGGUCUUCAUGAUUACCACCAAAUUAUUAAGCGACCCAUGGAUUUGGGGACGGUUAAAUCAAAUUUGGCUAAGAAUUUUUACCCUUCCCCUUUUGAAUUUGCUGCUGAUGUAAGGCUUACUUUCAAUAAUGCCUUGUUGUAUAACCCUAAAACAGAUCAAGUUAAUGGCUUCGCUGAGCAGCUUCUCGGACGAUUUGAGGACAUGUUUAGACCGCUCCAGGAUAAAAUGAAUAAGCUUGAAGGCGGCAGGAGGGAUUAUCAUCCUGUAGAUGAGUUGCAGGGGAGUUCUUGGAAUCACAUACCUACGCCCGAGAGAGUGAAGAAACCCAAGGCUACUCCAGUCCCUCACAUUUCAAAGAAGCAAGAGCGGAUGCAAAAUCAUUCUAGUGCGUCAACACCCUCUUUGCCAGUGCCACCACCCAAUCCACCAGCCCGGCAGCAGUCCCCAUUGUCAACUCCUUCCCCAGUGAGGGCACCACCCUCGAAGCCUGUAUCAGCUGCUAAAGUUCCUACUAUGGGAAAGCAACCUAAACCGAGGGCCAAGGAUCCAAAUAAAAGAGAGAUGAAUAUGGAGGAGAAGCAUAAAUUAGGAGUUGGGUUGCAAAGUUUGCCACAAGAGAAGAUGCCGCAGUUGGUGCAGAUUAUAAGGAAGAGGAAUGAACAUUUAGCCCAAGACGGUGACGAGAUUGAGCUCGACAUUGAGGCCCUUGACACCGAGACUCUAUGGGAGCUUGAUCGGUUUGUGACCAAUUGGAAGAAGAUGGUGAGCAAAACUAAGAGGCAGGCAUUGAUGAUGAACAAUUUGGGACCACCAUCCGCCAGUGCUGCAGCUUCUGCUGCAACUACAUCCGUCGCCGAAGCAGAUGGGCCUACCACUAGUGAGAAAAAUGAUUCCUUCAAAAAGCCCAAAAAGGGUGAUGUUGGAGAAGAGGAUGUAGAGAUAGAGGAUGAUGAACCAGCUACACAUUUUCCUCCAGUGGAAAUUGAGAAGGAUGAAGGUGGUGGGCGGGAUCAAGAGAAUGGUGGUGGUGGUAGUAGUAGCUCUAGUAGUUCUAGCAGCUCAAGCAGUGGCUCCUCCUCUUCUAGUGAUUCUGAUUCAGGAAGUUCAUCCGGAAGUGACUCUGAUGCUGAUGAUGCACACUCUUGAGAUUUGUUGAUUCAAGCAGUGCAUAUGUUGUUGAAUUUUCUUUUAUCGAGGUAUAAAGUUGGGGACUUGAAUUCUUUUGUUUUGCACAUUCCGGUGAGCUGAGUAAUUCCGGAGAACCAGUUGUUGUAAACACAUGGGCAACCUGACAAGCUAGGAAGAAAAAUUGGUCUGCUUAUAUCAACUAGGCAAAUCAAAAAGCUCAGUUGGAAGGGGAAGGGAACUUGUAGUGUUGAUGACAAAAGAAGUUAUGGCGUUAGGGAUCACAAUUUUAGGAAUUUUAGAGAUGGUCCCUCUGUUAAUGAGAGUGAGAUAUGUAGAUAGAUAGUUGAGGAGAAGACACCUUUUGUACAGUUGGUUUACACUAAAUAUUUGAUUUUUCUUGAAAAAAACACAC